AUGCCUAUUGAUUAUUACAAGUUUUUUUCAAUAGUUUUGGAACCAACUUCAGUAUAUCCAACUCGUGGUGUACAUAAAACGUUUGAAACUAGCCGACAAUACAUACACCUUACAUCGGCCGUUUUGGACAUGGAUUUUGAAUCCAUGAUUAGACCUGCAACAUUCCUUCCAGGUUAUUGUGAAAAUAUUCAACGUUGGAUGACAAGCAAAUACACUUUGAAAAUGAAUAUCAAUGGCGAAGAGUCGGUACUAUGUCACUUACACGUGGGUAAUAAUUUCCAAUCAAAUAUAGAUGUGCAUCUACCACCGAGUGUUGUUCAAUCAGAAGUUGAAUUUUAUUGUGAAGAAACAUGUAGAAUACAUCUUAACGGAAAAAUCCUGCUGCAGUAG